GCACACGGUGUGCCCGCACAGCAGCAGGCGGGGGACCUUGUCGCCUUGGAGGGAGAAGACGUCCUCGCAAACGCCGCACUCCAGCACCUGGGAGUCGACGCGCGACAGGGGGAUUCAUGAGAAAACUGGCACCCGACGGCGAAAGAUGUCCGAGAGGGGGGCCUUCGACACCAACGUGCUGACCCUGACCAGGUUCGUCCUGGAGGAGGGCCGCAAGGCCCACGGGACCGGCGAGCUCACCAACCUGCUCAACUCCAUCUGCACGGCCGUCAAAGCCAUCUCCACCGCCGUCAGGAAGGCCGGCAUCGCCAACCUGUACGGUAUCGCCGGCAGCACCAACGUGACGGGGGACCAGGUGAAAAAACUGGACGUCCUGUCCAACGACCUGGUCAUCAACAUGAUCAAGUCGUCCUUCACAUCCUGCGUGCUGGUGUCCGAGGAGGAUGAGCGGGCCAUCAUCGUGGAGUCGGACAAGAGCGGAAAAUACAUCGUCUGCUUUGACCCGCUGGACGGAUCCUCAAACAUCGACUGUCUCGUGUCCAUCGGUACCAUUUUUGCCAUCUACAAGAAGACCACAGACGGCGAGGCCAGCGAGAAAGACGCCCUGCAGCCGGGGAGGAACCUCGUAGCGGCCGGUUACGCCCUGUACGGCAGCGCCACCAUGAUGGUCUUGUCCACCGGACAGGGGGUCAACUGCUUCAUGCUCGACCCCGCCAUCGGGGAAUUUAUUCUGGUGGAUCGAGACGUGAAGAUCAAGAAGAAGGGGAAAAUCUACAGCUUGAAUGAGGGCUACGCGCAGCAUUUUUACCCCGACGUGACGGAAUACGUUCAGAAGAAGAAAUUCCCCGAGGACGGUUCUGCGCCGUACGGCAGCCGCUACGUGGGCUCCAUGGUCGCCGACGUCCACCGCACGCUGGUCUACGGCGGCAUCUUUUUGUAUCCCGCCAACGCGAAGAGUCCAAAAGGGAAGUUGCGGCUGCUGUACGAGUGCAACCCCAUGGCGUUCAUCAUGGAGCAGGCGGGCGGCAUGGCCACCACGGGCGCCGGCAACGUUCUGGACAUCCAGCCCACCGACAUCCACCAGAGGGUCCCCGUGGUGCUGGGCUCGCCCGACGACGUGCAGGACUACAUUGCCAUCUACAAGAAGCAUCACAAGUGAGACGAAACAGGGCCAGUCUUCAGCUCGUUCCCGCGACCGCACUGAAUCCGCAACCCCCGACAACCGUCGGCGACAUGCAAAUUCCCGAGCAACUACGCAUUUGCAUCCCUCAUUGUGACUUGACCUCCGUUUAUUUGUUCAGGCAAACGAGACAAAUAAAAGUUUACAACUCUU